CGCAGUUCCCUCCCACUGCCACCCACAAACACAUCCUCUGAUAAGGGGCCAAGCGGUGGCCUGGGUUUGCUCGGGCACGGGCAGCAUGGGGCCGUUGAGACGGCUGGAGUGCUGCUGUUCCCUCCUGGUCUUUCUCCUCCUGUUCCCCUCGGCCACCUCCUUCUGGCUCCUCAACGUCCUCUUCCCCCCAAGCGCUACCCCCAAGGCCGCUCUCAACAACCACACGAGACCUGUGGUGCUUGUGCCUGGCUGCUUGGGGAACCAACUGGAAGCCAAGUUGGAUAAGCCAAAUGUGGUCAACUGGCUGUGCUAUCGAAAGACAGAGGAUUUCUUCACCAUCUGGUUCGACCUCAACAUGUUCCUGCCCCUCGGGGUUGACUGUUGGAUUGACAACACUAGGGUGGUCUACAACAGGACCACAGGACAAAUGUCCAAUGCCCCUGGCGUGGAGAUUCGGGUCCCCGGCUUUGGCAAGACCUACUCUGUGGAGUACCUGGACCCCAACAAACUGGCAGGCUAUAUGCACACACUAGUCCAAAAUCUCGUCAACAAUGGGUAUGUGCGAGACGAGACGGUUCGGGCUGCGCCUUAUGAUUGGAGAUUGGACCCCACCCAGCAGGGAGAAUACUUUAAGAAGCUAGCGGGACUGGUGGAGGAGAUGUACACUGCCUACGGGAAGCCCGUUUUCCUCAUUGGACACAGCCUAGGCAACCUUCAUCUGCUCUACUUCCUUCUGCAUCAGCCUCAGGCUUGGAAGGACCGAUUCAUCGAUGGCUUCAUUGCACUGGGGGCCCCCUGGGCUGGCUCCACAAAAUCCAUGAGGGUCCUAGCCUCCGGUGACCACCAGGGCAUCCCAAUGAUGUCAAACAUCAAACUCCGGGAGGAGCAGCGGAGGACCACAGCCUCCCCGUGGAUGUUCCCUUCCCGCCUCGCCUGGCCCGAUGACCACGUCUUCAUCUCCACCCCCAACAUCAAUUACACCUUUCAGAACUUCCAGCGCUUUUUUGAAGACCUGCAUUUCGAAGAUGGCUGGUACAUGUGGCUGCACACACGUGACCUGUUGGCGGGGCUGCCCGCACCGGGCGUGGAGGUCUACUGCCUCUACGGAGUGGGGCUGCCAACGCCCCACACCUACAUCUAUGAUGAGAAUUUUCCUUACAACGACCCUGUGUCUGUGCUCUAUGAAGAUGGUGAUGACACCGUGGCCACCCGCAGCAUGGAGCUCUGUGCUCGCUGGCGUGACCAGCAGCCUCAGCCGGUGCACGUGUUCCCGAUCCCUGGCCUGCAGCAUCUCAACAUGGUCUUCAACAACCAGACAUUGGACUAUAUCAACUCCAUCCUGUUGGGUACCUAUCGAACAAAUGCCACCGAGGAUUCCCACCCAGACCCUGACCCCUCCUAGGACUCCCACUUGGCCUCAACCCCCAGGGACACAGGCACAGAAACAGACAAGGUCACAGACCACAUAUGAGGGGUCAGUAGUCUACUCCAAGUGGCCAAAAGGGCAGACAGAGCCACAUCCCUCCAGAGCCUGCUCUGUGCCUGACUUUGGGCCCCUCCUGUUACAGCCCUACCUGGGGUUGAGGAGACAUGGGACAACAUGAAUAAAAACCAGCUCUGGAGUGACUAGGGAGGAAGGAGGGUCUGACUUUCUGGACGUGGGAGGGGGAGAAAAUAAUAAAAAUGUAUUAAUCAUG